AUGACGCAUGACCAAGAUCAUGACCACAUCCAUACCCCGGCCAAGAAGAUGAGCGACCUGAUCCGCGAUGCGAAGCUGGCUACCCAGAAGGAACACAGCAUGACCCUCAUGCAGGGCAUCCGCCUCUAUCCCAAGGCCAUCGCCUGGAGCAUCCUCAUCUCGACCUGCAUCGUCAUGGAGGGCUACGAUGUCUCCCUCGUCAACAACUUUUACGCGUUUCCCCAGUUCAACCAAAAGUACGGAGAGCAGCUACCCGACGGAACCUGGCAGGUGCCUGCUGCAUGGCAGGCCGGCCUCAGCAACGGUGUCACCGUCGGUGAAAUCAUCGGGCUGCUGAUCAACGGUUGGGUUUCGGAGCGCUUUGGCUACCGAUAUACCGUCAUAGGGUGCCUCGUUCUCGUCAUGGGGUUUACCGCCAUCUUCUUCACCGCGCAGAACAUCAUUGCUUUACAGAUUGCCGAGAUCCUCUGCGGUGUUCCGUGGGGCGUGUUCCAGACCCUCACCAUUACAUAUGCGUCCGAAGUUUGCCCAGUUGCCCUCCGUGGGUAUCUUACCACUUACAUCAAUUUUUGCUGGGGCAUCGGCCAAAUGAUCGGCAUUGGCGUCAUCCUGGGGAACCUAACACGAAAUGACGAGUGGGCCUAUCGGAUUCCGUACGCUUUGCAAUGGAUGUGGCCCGUUCCUCUAGUGAUUGGCAUCUACUUCGCCCCAGAAUCUCCCUGGUGGUUGGUUCGCAGGAGAAAGCUCGACGAGGCCAAGAAGUCCUUGCUGCGCCUGACGAGUUUGAACAGCGAGACCGGAUUUGACGCCGACGAGACCGUCGCCAUGAUGGUUCACACAACUGCCCUCGAGCAAAAGAUCACCAAAGGAGCUAGCUACCUCGACUGCUUCAAGGGUACCGACCUUCGCCGGACCGAGAUCGUCUGCAUGGUUUGGGCCAUCCAGAACCUGAGCGGCAACUCCUUCUCCAACUACUCCACCUACUUCCUCGAGCAAGCUGGCCUUGACUCCAACAAGGCGUAUUCGUUCGCCCUGGGCCAGUACGCCAUCAAUUGUGCCGGCGUCUUUGGCGCCUGGGGUCUGAUCACCCUGGGAUUCGGUCGCAGAACGCUCUACCUCGCCGGGCUGAUUGGCCUGUUUACCAUGCUCCUGAUUCUGGGUUUUCUGGGACUCGUUCCGGAUCGAACGACUGGCUCAAUGGCCACCGGAAGCAUCAUGCUGGUCUGGGCUCUAUGCUACCAGCUCACGGUCGGCACCGUCUGUUACUCGUUGGUGGCUGAGAUCUCUACCCGACGCCUACAAAUCAAGACGGUCGUACUUGGCCGCGUUCUCUACAACGUCGUCGCCAUUAUCUGUGGUGUUCUCACCCCCUACAUGUUGAAUCCGGGUGCUUGGGACUGGGGCAACUUUGCCGGUUUCUUCUGGGCCGGCGUCUGCUUCCUCUGUGUCAUUUACACCUACUUCCGGGUCCCCGAACCCGCCGGCCGCACAUUUGCCGAGCUGGACUUGCUGUUCGAGAGGAAUAUCAGCGCGCGCAAGUUCGCUUCCACCGAAGUGGACGUGUUUGACGAGAAUUUUGACGGUGAGUUGGCGCAGAAGUACCAGGACCAGAUUGCUGUCGCGCACAUGGAGAGGGCAGGCGUGGUUUAA